AUGUCUGAAGUUACAAGGCAUUCCGAGCGACUCACGAAUGGGGAUGAUGGAGUGGUGAGCUCAAUUCGUGACGUGCCUGUCACCGAGCAACGAAGACCGUACACGAGCACAAAAGGCUCAAAGCUUCAACACACCGGUACUGCCCGUGCCAAUCUCGCCCCAUCAGCAGAAUCGCCUCAAGGUACCAAGGGCUGGGCGGAGCAGCAUUCUCACCAGACUGUUCUACAACAACAUUGCGACUUCUUCGAUCGCGACCACGAUGGGAUCCUCUGGCCACAGGAUACAUUUAUCGGCUUCUAUCGGCUCGGAUUCGGUGUAAUCCUAUCCAUGGUCGCACUCUUCGUGAUUCAUGCGAAUUUCUCAUACCCUACAUGCGAGGGCUGGCUGCCUGACCCAUUCUUUCGUCUUUUCCUUAAGAACGUGCACAGAGAUAAGCAUGGUAGCGACACUGGAACGUACGAUCACGAAGGUCGCUUUUUGCCGCAGAGAUUUGAGGACAUAUUUGCAAAAUAUGCGGAAGGAAGAGACUAUCUGACCAUUUGGGACGUGAGCAAUGUGCUGAAGGGUCAGCGGUGCAUUGCUGAUCCGAUCGGCUGGGGAGGUGCCUUCUUCGAAUGGAUUGCCACGUACAUAAUGCUUUGGCCUGAAGACGGCCGAAUGAUGAAGGAAGACAUACGUGGCAUCUAUGACGGUAGUAUAUUCUACACUCUUGCUGCGAGACGAGAGAAGGGCAUGUGA